UUAAUUCGCAACCCACUAAAUAAAUUGAAUCCUGCUGUUCUGGCGUGAGGUAUAUUCUCCUAUAACUCAAAACAUUUCUUAAUGAUUUUGCUUUUGUUCUCAAUUUCAAUAAAAUGAUUGUUAUUCACAAAAAUUCUUGAUCAAAAUUGAUCUUUUCAAGUUUUAUUUUGAGCUGCGCAUGCUAUUCCCAAUAUCUCUGCGAAGACAAACCCAGAUGGACAGUUUGCGCUCAUUUUACCCUAUUAUCCUUAUCUACAAUUGAAGACUAUCUAUUUUGAAAAAAUGGAGUCUGCAUCGGGGAAUCAAACUAGCAGUCCAUGUUCACAAUCACCCCUCGAGUGUCCCGACUGUGGGAUCAAACUGACAGGACAGACCCCUGAACUACCUUGUGGACAUUGCAUCUGCCUCAUAUGCGCCGAGAAGCUAGAGAAAAGAACAGAACAGAAGUGUCCGGUGCGACAGUGUCGCAGCCAUCAAACUAGCUUCGAUGAGCGUAUCCGAGUUUCAAACUUGCCAGUGAGGCCCAUAAUUGCCUUCAUGAUACCACCUCCUCCAUACGAAGAAAGACCCGAAACUCCAUCUGUGAAUUGCUGCGAGAAACACCCUGGCAAGGCAGUUCAAUUCUAUUGCAACCCAUGCUCCAGUGCAAUAUGUCAAGUUUGCUGGGAACAAGAUCAUAAAGACUGGAAAUCUCACGGAGUCACAACCAUGAACGUUUACUUGGAGCCACAGCACAGAAUCCAGUCACGAAUCUCAAAUUACAGAGAGCAUUGUGAGAAGCUAAGUGAAUUUUUACAGGAGUGGCAGGCUGUUGUGGCUCAAAUUGGGACAGUUGAGCGGAAACAGGAAUCCGUCUUGAGAAGCAAAUCAGCGCGUGCGAUUGAAGUGAUGUCAAUUGAUGUGCGAAAUUCACUGAAAUGCCAGAUGGCUGAUAUUCAGAAGUUCAAGGCUAAAUUACUUGAUCAAUUCGGUAAAAUUGAGCGUUCGUUUGAAGACAUAUUCGGCUACAUAGUGGCGACUCGUGAGGAUGAUUGGAGUUCUAGCUCCGUGGUUGGUGGGCAAGGGCAGCUGAUUGCAGAGGGUGGCAUUAGGGUGUCAACUAGUGAUAGUAGGCCAAGUGAAGCUGAUGGGUGGAGUAACGUUGGAAGUGGCAGUUCAGAAGGAGGGAUAAGUGUAGGAAUGGAAGAGAAUGUGGGGAGAGGGGCUGUAGAAAAGAAGGGCGAGAGGAAGGAGAGAGUGUUGGUUGGAGUGAAAAAAACAGGGAAGUGGAAUGGGAAAAUUUGGUGUGAUAAGGCAGUAUAUAAUUGGGAGACAAGAGAAGUGAUGUGUUUUAACUGGGGAGAAGGAAGUGUGAUUAGUGUAAUUGGUGUGAACGAGGCCAAUGACAAGUUGGAACUGAAGAGGACGAUGGAGUGGAACAAGAUCAGGGGAAAUAAAGAUCGGUUGUUGGACAUUUGUAUGGACGAAGUAAACAACACUAUGUAUGGAGUGGUUACACAGAAGGAAGGAGAAGUGAAGAGAGUGGAGGAGUUGGACCAGUGCAGUCUGAAGAAGAAAGGCAGCAGUAACACUGAGUUGGACACAAGAGGACUGCUCAAUGGGGAGAGUGUACUUUGGCGCUUGGUAUCAAAGAGAGACACAAUCGCAUUGGCAGUUAGAGGUGGGUUUGGUAAUCAUAAGUGGGAUAGUGUGGCCAUUUACAGAAAUAGAGUGAGAAGAGUCCACACUCUGUCACAUCUGGACAUUAAAGUGAAGGGAUUUAUGUAUUUGAGUGGUUGUGUGUUGGUCAAUGAGACCACUCUCCUUCUCAGUUGUGGAAUUGAUGGAAAUAAAGUGGCAGUGGUCUCAUUGCCACUACAAUCACUUCACAAUCAAACAAGUUCUUCUUCGUCCUCACCCUCCUCUUCUGCAGACAGUACAGCGAAUGUGAAGUAUGUGAUCCUCACUGGAGUGGAUAAUGUAUGGUCCCUUGUUUGGACACCAUUUGGACAACCACACGAAGGAUAUCUAUGGCUCAGGGAUUAUAGGAUUGAUAACACACAUGUGUACAAAGUAGACCUCGAGACAGACUUGAAGAAUGUGGAAACUGGACAUGAGACACAACUACAAGUGCAUAAAAUGUCACCCCUAGAGAACAAACUCACUCCAUUGUGUUCUACUGAUGACUCAACCAUUUUUGCAAUCAGUGAAGGAGUUUUUUCUAGAGGUUACCCAGUACUUAUUAAACUAAAGUUUUCUUCCGCAUGAACUCAUUGUGUAUUCCUGUUCAUUACCAGUGACCAGCUCAGAUCAUCUCAACACUCAUAUUAGCUUCAAAUUGAUUCAAACUAUGAGCCUGAAGACAAACUUGCGUCAUUGUCGCGCACAAAACCGCAUCCGGACAAGGACCGCAUUUAGUUCUAUAAACCGACAGAGCAUCCUGAUCAUUACUUGAUUCAUUUCCGGAAUAAGAGAAUUUAAACUGUUUAAGU